UUGGGUAAAGCCUAUUUAACGUAUAAAUAAGAGGGCUCCUCUUUCUCUCCUCUUCUCCUUUCAUUUGAGGUCGACGAGAUUUGUUACACCUCCAGAAUUCAUCGACAGUGGUUGGAACCGUAGAGGAAGACAGUUUUCAGCUAUGAAAGAAGAUUACGAGCUUGAAGAGAAAAAGCAAGCUGCUGCUGAUGUUUUGUCUCAAUAUUCAAAGUUUGUGAUGGCAUGUAUUGGAAAUCAAGUCCGACCUUGCGACUUGAGGUUGCAUUUAAUGAAGGAGAUUUCUGGAAUGCCAACUUCACUAAAGAGAGAAUCAUCGCAGAUAGCAGCUUCUCCCGAUGCAAUGGGUGAAUCGUCAAGCUCAGGUACAGCUAGACUUGAUAAACCGGACAGUUUCCGGGCACUAUAGUUUGGGGCAAAGUUAUUUGCGUUUGCUAUUUAGGGUCUUUGGCAGCCUUGGCUGUAACAUUGUCAUUUCCCAUUUCAUAAUCAUACUAGUGUAGGUGCAUGGUGUUCUAUGUAACAUGCAGAAGUUGAUGUGUACUUGAAUUAUUUGUUGUAAAAACGUUACUAGACCAGUUUUUCCAUUAA